AUGGUGGAGGAGGACCAGGGCGCCGGCCGCGUCGGCGCGCUGCCCGGCCUCGCCUCGCGCCUCGAGCGAAUCGAGUCCGGCCGCCCCGCGCCGGCCUACGGCUAUAACAGCCACGCCGACGGCGGCGGGUCUGCGGCGGGGUCCUCCGGUUUCGGGAGCUUGGGGGGUUUGCUCGGUGGCCGCUCGAGGAUGCUCAGGAGCGACGACCCCAGCGACGACGCCGCGGGCGGCGCCGACGGCUGGGCCGCGUCCGGCGGCACAGUCAGCGGCGGCGCGCUCGCCGCGGCGACCGCUCGGUGGUGGCCGCAGUCGGCGCCGCCCGAGUGGCUGCUCGCGCUGUCCGCGCGGCUGGCCGUGCCGUGGGCGCCGAGCCGGCAGCUGGGCGGCUGGAGCGUGCCGCCGGGCGUCGAGCUUGAGGCAGCAGCAGCCGCACGCGGCCGCGUGGUCGCGCAUACGGGGAUCGGAUCGGACACGGGGACCGGGAGGGCGUUCCUGUGGCUAGUCUGGAACCAGGGGGCGGCGGUAAUGGAUGCUUUCUUCAAGCCAACGCCGUCGAGCGGCCCUGAGGGCGCUGCCGCGGCCGCGGAAAGCAGCGGCGGCGACGUAGAGUCCGGGCGGGCAGAGGGCGCCCGGCGGCGCUGCUGCGGCGCCGGCGCGGCGGGGGCGGCGGAUAAGGAGCGCCCCUCGCCGCCGAUCGACGGCGUGCUGGCGACGGCGUGCGAAGAGAUGCUGCUGGGGCGGGAGAAGCUGCUGGGAAGCUACUGGCGGGCGCGGCGGGCGCUGGACGCGGACGGGGUGCGGCGGGUGGAGGAGGAGGAUGUUCCUUUGGUGCAGCAUGCGAUCGGCAGCGCGCUGCUCUCCAACACGGCUGCGCAGCACAGCCACCUGGCCCACAGCCUGGCCAGCCUGGCCGCCUGCGACGCCGUGCCGGGCAGCAGAUACUGGUGGGUUGGGGCCGCGAGGUGCUGA